CACUCAAGCAAAGGUAAGACUUGCGCAUAAAUUGCUUUAGGGACCGUCCACAGCAGCAGAAGAUGAAUCACAAGUGCUGAAUUAGAGCAUCAGGAGUAAUCAGAGGAACCACAGUAGUAGGAGCGUGUCAGGAUCUGGAACCGGCAUUAUAUUGGGCAGCAAGAGAACACAUACAACAUGUACAUCUGAAGAGAGAGAGAGAGAACAGAUUAUUAGUAAGUUCUGAUCAUACAGUGGUUCAAACGGGUGUAUGUUGUGUACAGAGUGCAAAGCAGGACUUUAGCUUUGAAUGAGGCAGAUUAUUUCAGAUAGGGCGGGUCUUUGUGCCACGGUGGCCUUCAGACUACAGGCUACGUCCACGUUAAUCCGGAUAAAUUUGCAAACGCAAAUCUUUUUCUCUACGUUUUGGCCUUCCGUCCACACUGAGACGGCGUUUUUUUUUUUUUUUCUUUUUUGUCCAGCAAAAACGGAACUUUUCGAAAACGCUCUCCCAAGUGGAAAAAUUAGAAAAUGCGGUUUUCUAGUGUUGACUGAGAAAACGGAGAUGUUCAAAAACGAUGACGUACCCUUCAACUCAAACAAGAUGGUGGACGAUGUUGUACUGCAGUUGUUGUAUCCAGUUUUGAUGGCUUUGUUAAAGAUAAAUGUCACUUUGUAUAACCUUCAGAUUGCAUUUCUAAAUAAACGGCUGAUGGAAAUGACGCAGAUCAAAACUUCUUACGGUUUUACACACGGUAUAGGGAUGUAAGCGUUUUCAGGUGCUUCAGCGUGGACGAGCAAUUUAUGGAAAACGUUUGAAAACUGAGAGCGUUUUUAAAACAAAAAUGCAGUUUUCAGAUGUAUCCGGAUUAAUGUGGGCGUAGGUUAGAUUAUGUGACCACGAGGACAAAUCUGGGGUGCCAGAGAAGAUGAUUUGCUUGUUCACUUGCUGCUGUUGUUGCCUUACCGUACAUUUACAGUCACACUAGAAAGCGGUAAGGCGACGGCUCUCCAGUCCAUUCGUUUUCUGUAUACAUGCAGGAUACAGAGCUGCGAUUUCAGCAACAGUGCUAAAGCGGCAAAGGAACAGUGCAGCAAGCAAUAUCUGACUCUGAAAUAAAUAAGCAAAUAAAAUAAAAAACCCCAAAUAAAUAAACGGAACGCGACAAAUUCAAAGGAUUGGUGUGAAUAAUUGUGCAGACCAAUCCUUUGGCGCAGGGGUUUAUUUAUUUAUUUUAUAUAUGUAUGUUUUUUUAAUUCCCCACUCACAACUUUAGUUCCUGCUUGCAAUGGGAACAGUUUACUGUUUGACGCACAAAAAAGUAAGAAGAAAUUGUAACCGUGGUUUCGUUUAGUCUUAUCCUGUUAUAUGCAACCCUCUCGUUAAAUGUGUAUAAAGACAUUUGGAAGGAAGUAGCACAGAAUUGCUGCCUGUGGUGAGUGUACAUAGCUAUUACAGUUUGCUUGCUUUGCUAAUCUGCCAAUGCUGGUAGUCCCAAGCCUAGCAUCCAUCCAUCCAUCUGUGCUGCUUAUCCUAUACAGGGUUAUGGGGAGCCUGGAGCCUCUCCCAGGGAACUCGGGGCACGAGGUGGGGGACACCCUUGGACCGGGUUCCAUCCCAUUGCAGGGCACAAUCACAUACUACGGACAAUUUGGAAAUGCCAUUCAGCCUACAAUGCAUGUCUAUGGACCGGGGAAGGAAACUGGAGUACCCAUAGGAAACCCCCGGAGCAUGGGGAGAACAUGCAAACUCUGCACACAGGGCGGAGGCGGAAUUUGAAUUUCUAAUUUAAAAACUUUUGUAUGUGAUCUGUUUAUGAAAUAGGAUUUUUUGUUUUUGGCAGCAUACAGAAUAUCAAACUGUCACUGAUGGGUUAAUUAUCAUCCAGGCCAGACUUUUAUCACACUUCAGCACUAAUGCGAGAGUCAUAUGAUCCUGUUGGUUAAAGCCCUCCUCUGUAUUAUGAGCACUCGCACGCUAAACCGACUGCCUCUCUGGACGGCGUUUUAUAAAUCAACAAUCUGUGAUCUGUGUUUGUGGUUGCGGCAGCCAUUUUAUUUCUGGAAGGGAAUAUUACAAGGUUCAAGAUAUUAUUUGCAACCACUCUUGAUUUUGCCCGCAUUCUUCAGUAUUUCCACGUACGCCACUGACGUUAGUGCUGACGUGCUGACGAAUAUUCACGAGAUUGAGAUCCAGCAGAGAGACUCUCUGGAGAGCCACGCCUCCUCUCCAAACCCCUCCUCCCUCAUAGGGGCCAUGGGUGAAGAGGAGCAGCCCAGCCCGGAGGCUGGGAGUCCGGAUGUGGAAAAGGAACAUCUGCAGGUCCCGUUCCCGGUGCUGCACGGCGAGUGUGUGGAGUAUGUCGAAAACACAGAUGAGGUCGUCAUCGCCUUGUCUAGCUACCGCCUUCACAUCAGGUUCAAAGACAACAUUGUAAACGUCCCUCUGCAGCUGAUAGAGAGUGUGGAGUGUCGAGAUUUGACUCAGCUUCACCUCACCUGUAAGGACUGCAAGAUUGUCAGGUGUGAGUUCAGCUCGUCAGAGCAGGCUCAGGACUGGCUGCGGCGUCUCACUUCAGCUCUACACCCUCCCACUCGCCUCGACGAGCUCUUCGCCUUCGCCUUCCACACCUGCAGUGCCAGCGUACCAGCUGAGCGAGACCUGCAUGAUGAGAUUUGCCACGCUGGCGAACACGUGAGGAACCGAUUUAAGUACGAAGUGUGCAGGAUGGGCUUCGACACCCACAGUGCCUGGAGAAUCUCUGACAUUAACAACAAUUACAGACUCUGUGCCAGUUACCCUGAGAAGGUUUUGGUGCCGAGCUGGGUCACAGACACAGAGCUAGAGAACGUGGCGGCAUUCCGAUCCUGGAAGAGAAUUCCAGCUGUUGUUUAUAGACAUCAGAGCACGGGCGCUGUGAUUGGUCGGUGUGGGCAACCUGAGGUGAGCUGGUGGGGUUGGCGGAAUGCAGAUGAUGAGAACUUAGUGCAGUCCAUCGCUAAGGCCUGUGGCAUGGACCGUGCAGCUGUUAAACAUCUGAGCAACGGCUCCUGUGUCCACAACAGUUCAGAUCCUGACAUAACCAAUGGCAAUGAGGAAGAGGAGCCAACUACCCCACCUCCUCAAAAGCUACUGAUACUGGAUGCCAGGUCAUACGCUGCCGCCGUGGCCAAUCGGGCCAAAGGAGGUGGCUGUGAAUGCCCAGAGUACUAUCCAAACUGUGAGGUGAUGUUCAUGGGUAUGGCCAACAUCCACUCCAUCAGGAGGAGCUUCCAGUGCCUAAGGGCUCUCUGUGCACAAGUGCCAGAUCCUGCCAAUUGGCUGUCUGCUCUAGAAGGCACUAAAUGGCUGCAGCAUCUUUCUCUGCUGCUAAAGGCGUCUCUGUUAGUAGUGAACGCUGUGGAUCGGGACAGCAGGCCCGUCCUGGUGCACUGUUCUGAUGGCUGGGACCGCACGCCGCAGAUAGUGGCUCUGUCCAAACUGCUGCUUGACCCCUACUACAGAACUGUGGAGGGUUUCCAAGUUUUGGUGGAAACUGAGUGGCUGGAUUUCGGACAUAAGUUUGCGGACCGCUGUGGACAUGGGGAAAAUGCCGAGGACGUGAACGAGCGCUGUCCCGUCUUCCUGCAGUGGCUGGACUGCGUGCACCAGCUGCAGAGGCAGUUUCCCUGCUCUUUUCAGUUCAACGAGGCCUUUCUGGUGAAGCUGGUGCAGCACACCUACUCGUGUCUGUUCGGGACAUUCCUGUGCAACAGCGGGAAAGAGCGAGAGGAGCGAGGUGUACUAGAGAACACCUGCUCCGUCUGGUCUCUGCUUCAGCCGUCUAACAGAACCUUCCACAACAUCCUGUACUCGCCGCACUCGGAGACGGUGCUACACCCGGUUUGCCAUGUGAGGAACCUAAUGCUGUGGAGUGCAGUCUACCUGCCUAAUUCUGCCCCCUCCUUGCUUUGUGAGGAGUCCUGUGCUUCUUAUUCCACUGCUUCAGCCUCACCUGAGGACACACCUCCUGGCAGACUGCCAAAGACUCGUUCCUAUGACCACCUGCUGACGGCUUGCGAGGGAACAAAUCUGUUGGCUUCAAACCGUCGCUGCAGCGAUCCCAACCUCAACGAGACGUGGCAGGAGCACCUUCGAUCAGAGGAGCGAACGGCAGAAACACAACCAGAGGAGAAACUUGAGCAAGCAGCUUGUUGUAAUACCCAUCAUCCUGAAACGACUGGAUCGGACGAGAGGCUUCCAAAUGAGGGAUUACUCAACGGGGUGGAGCAUGCGGACUCUAAAACAGAAAACGGGAUUAUUUUAGUGAACCAGGGUGUGUAUUCCGACCCAGUUGUUAGCACAUGCUCUGUAGCGGAGCUGCCCAGCGAGGUCCCUGAACAGAACGGUGAGGAUUCAGUGUGUGACGAAGCGCUAAAACAUUCCUCGGGCCAAUCAGUCGCCUCUUCGUCGUCACCUCAUCCUGGACACGUCACUAACAGCCAGGAAUGUUUCUCCGCUAAAGAGCCUCUUUGUUUAGCUAAUGACCUGAAAUCUCACCCCACUUCACCACAAGAAGACUCUACAGAUCCAUUAAACACACCCAGCUCACUCCACUCACCUUCGCAGCCUCUGUCUCCGAAGCCGAAUAUCGACAGCUCUGUGUGUAACAGCGAAGAUCCUCGCGUUAACGGCUCCGUUUCACAAAACUCCCUGAGCCGCCAGACGUCCACAGCGAGUGCCGGGUCCCUACAACUGGGCUGUCCUGGGCGAAUGCUGGCUCAGGGCGCUCACCUGGGCGAGGACGGGCUCAGCGUGCAUAGAGACGUUGUACAGGUGCGGCUCAGGCAGAUGGAAGCGGGCCAUCAGCUGCAGGUGGAGACACUGAAAAGGCAGGUGCAGGCGCUAUGGAACAAGCUGCACGUCAGUGGAGAGCUGACUCCUGUACCAGACGGGGAGAAUAACGUGGAGGCUGUGCACCUGUCUCGCUGCGGCACUGAACUCUUUUCCGAGAGUAGCUGGGAAAACGAGGAGCAGCAUGACAAACAGGUCCCUCAGUGGUAUCCCGAUCACCUUCCAACACACUGCUACAGAUGUGAGAGCAAGUUCUGGCUAGCUGCUCGAAAACAGCAGUGCAGGAAUUGUGGGAACGUGUUCUGCGCCAGCUGCUGUGACCACAAGGCAACGAGUCAGCAGUUGUACGAACCUAACCGUGUGUGCCAGGCCUGUUAUGGGCACCUUCGCCCAUCGGCCGUGCCCCCUGUGCUGCCUCCUGCUGACCUGGAGCUGGAGAAACCCAUUACAGCCAGUUCCAACUGAACAGAACCCUUUACAUGCUGAUCAACAACUCUAUUCUCCUGUAGGAAUCUUAACCAAAUCAGCUUCAUGUGAGAAGACUAGAUUAGUAUAAACUUCCAACACCGAGCAGAACGGAGAUUUAAAUCCCAAAACUAAGGAAUCAAAUAAUUAACAUAAUUUAUUAAUAAUGUUAGAAGUGGUCGUCUCUCGCCAUGUGGAUUCUAGAUUAAUGUUACGCUGCGCAAACACAGGCCUUUAUAUAUGCAGUUCUACAUCAUAUAAAGCCAUGUGGAUCUCUCAAGAACGACUAUCUGUGCUCAUGUGAAUAGCAAAUGUGUGUAUAUAAUGCCAUGUACAGUCAAAGAAGAGCACAGUGUAUAUGCUGAAAUUAAAAUCUUUCAAUCUGA